AUGUACCGGCUCCUGAGCCGGAGCUUGGGCCGAGGCCUCCUGCGGGCCGCGGCGCUGCGGUGCCGGGGCUGCUCCGCGCGCCUACUCCCGGGUCUGGCAGGAGGCCCGGGACUCGAGGUCCAGGUGCCGCUAUCCCGAGUUGCGCCGCACGGCCGGGGCUCGGGCCUGCUGCCGCUGCUGGCAGCGCUCACCGGGUUUUCGAGCCCCGCUGCGACAGAAGAGGAGGAGCAGCAGGGAACCGACGGGGCGGACGAGGCUGAGGCCGAGAUCAUUCAGCUGCUGAAGCGAGCCAAGUUGAGCAUCAUGAAAGAUGAGCCAGAAGAGGCUGAGUUAAUUUUGCAUGACGCUCUUCGUCUCGCCUAUCAGACUGAUAACAAGAAGGCUAUCACUUACACUUAUGAUCUGAUGGCCAACUUAGCAUUUAUACGGGGUCAGCUUGAAAAUGCUGAACAACUUUUUAAAGCAACUAUGAGUUACCUCCUUGGAGGGGGAAUGAAGCAGGAGGACAAUGCAAUAAUUGAAAUCUCCCUAAAGUUGGCCAGUAUCUAUGCUGCGCAGAAUAGACAGGAAUUUGCUCUUGCUGGCUAUGAAUUCUGCAUUUCAACUCUAGAGGAAAAAAUUGAAAGAGAAAAGGAAUUAGCAGAAGACAUUAUAUCAGCAAUUCCCAGGAAUCUCAUCCAGAAAAGACAGUGUCCAGAGAAAAAGGAGACUUCUUUGAUGUUUCUCAUAGGAUCAAGAGAUGAGGUUGUGCUGUUACCCAGGUUGGUCUUGACCUCCUGGGCUGAAGUGUUCCUUCUGCCUCAGCCUCCCAAACUACAGGAUUGCAGGUUGGAAGAGAAAGCCAAUACCCACCUCCUCCUGGGUAUGUGCUUAGACGCCUGUGCUCGCUACCUUCUGUUCUCCAAGCAGCCAUCACAGGCACAAAGGAUGUAUGAAAAAGCUCUGCAGAUUUCUGAAGAAAUACAUGGAGAAAGACACCCACAGACGAUUGUGCUGAUGAGUGACCUGGCUACUACCCUGGAUGCACAGGGCCGCUUUGAUGAGGCCUAUAUUUAUAUGCAGAGGGCAUCAGAUCUGGCAAGACAGAUCAAUCAUCCUGAGCUACACAUGGUACUCAGUAAUCUAGCUGCAGUUUUGAUGCACAGAGAACGAUAUACACAAGCAAAAGAGAUCUACCAGGAAGCACUGAAGCAAGCAGAGCUGAAAAGAGAUGAAAUUUCUAUACAACACAUCAGGGAAGAGUUGGCUGAGCUGUCAAGGAAAAGUAUACCUUUGACUUAAAUUCUGUCAAGCUCUAAAUCCAUUUUUGUGUAGGGAGAAUAAUGUCUAGUAAUGCAGAAGAAUAGCUAUUAUUCCUGUCUCUGUGGCACCCAAAUCAGUGGCUUAAAUCUGUCGUUUUUGAUAUUCAGGUUUCCUCAAUUUCGCCUUAGUGAAGGACGAGUUAUAUACACUGCCAUUUUUGUAUUUUAAAAGAAAAAUGACUUUCAUUCCCAAUGAUUAUGAUCUUUCAGGACUGCUGUUAAGUAAUGGUUUCAGUUGUAACAUAUGACUAGGUGCUGUCCCUGCUGGUCUAAGUAGAACUAUAGAUUAAUAUGGGCUGGCUUGGCUGUGGGCUGUGGGUGUGGUAAUUCAGCAUGGCAUUUCUAUCAUCAGUUUGUGGUCUACUGAUUUGCUGCCCUCUCUUCUCUUACUUUGUCAAUAUCUGGCAAACUGACCAGAAUUACCUUUAUCAUGGCAAAGGGAGAUUAUGGUGAGUUUUUCUUAUAAUCUGUUUCAUGAAGCACAAUGUGGAAUUUAAUGCAUAAAAGAGAAAAAGUAAUAGUUUCCUACCAGUAUCCAGCACGAAGUUUUAAAGUGGAAAUUGGGCAUGUGACAAAAGCACCCAAAUUUUAUUUGAAUUUAAAUAAAAGUGAACCAUAAUGUAUCUGGAUAUAUAAAACUACUUAAAAAUAGGGGUGGGCUAGAAUGAAUGAUGUAACCUUUUGUCGAUGUUAUCUGAGCACUCUACUUCCCAGCCUUAGUCACACAACUGAGUCAUCUCAAGUUCUCUUGAAGGACACACACACCCAGGGCCGAGUCAGAAUAGGGCGCUGCAGGUGUAUUUCAGAACUUCCCGUAAUUCUGAUGUGUACUGCUGGUAUAGUUGAAUUACUGACCUGGAUCUUAGUCCUAGCCUUUUUGCUUUUGUGAUUUCAGUAUCUUCAUCUGUGAAGUAGGGAAACACUGAGAUUCUUUCUUAGCCGUGGGAGAAGGUAUUUGGUUAGAUGACUUUGAAUGAAUAGACUGCUGUGCUAAAAGAGCUUAUCACAUUGCCUCAAAGUAUGUAAAGAUACGGAGGUGGAUGCUCUUACCUCAGCAGUUGUACAAAUAUCUUGAGCCAUUUACCUAAGGGAAAAGACAGUUUUUCUAGGCAUCAUGAAGGAAUACUGAAACUGUUGGUAUGCCUGUGUGGGUGGGAUGUGAGUGGGCCCGAUAAACUGCAAUUUUUGGUUCGUAUGUACAUACUGGAACAAUCUUUUUGUAAUAAACGAGACUACACAACAA